GUGAAAGUUCCCUCACUGACUACAUCUUCAUCUCCUGGUUCCUUCCUUCACCACCUAAAGCAAGAAUCACGUCUUAAAUGUGCUCUCUGUGAUUCGCCUCUCAUUUGCUCCCAAUUCCUUUCCACCUCUCAAAAUCCUCAAAGAAUUACUCAACACGAGGCUCUAUCGCUCCUGUUCCUCUCCCUCCCUCUGCUACAGAUUCAUCGGGGCCAGCUUCAGCUUCAAACGACAAGUUUUCCGGUACUUAAAACCUCCAUCCUUUUGUCACUCUUAUGCAGUGAUUACAGUAUGAAGCUGGUUCUGCUUAUUUUUCUUUUCAUCUGUUCUUACCUGUGGGAAACUGGAGUCUGCAAGAACAAUUAUUCAAGGCCUGCUACUGUAAACAUAGGGGCGAUUUUAGCUUUGAACUCAACUAUCGGUAGGGUUGCUAGGGUCGCCAUUAAUGUUGCAGUGAAGGACGUUAACUCUGACCCAUCUGUUCUUCGAGGGACAAGACUGGUGGUGCAUCAGCAAGACUCAAACUGUAAUGCAUUCGUCGCUAUUGUCCAAGUUUUGCAGUUCAUGGAGACUGAUAUUGUGGCAAUAAUUGGCCCACAGUCAUCUGUGGUUGCUCAUGUUGUCACACAUGUUGCGAAUGAGCUCAAAGUUCCAAUGCUCUCAUUUUCAGCUACUGAUCCCACUCUUUCUUCUCUCCAGUAUCCAUUCUUUGUCAGAACAACACAGAGUGAUAAAUUUCAAAUGGCUGCCAUUGCUGAUUUGGUUGAUUAUUUUCAGUGGAGGGAGGUUAUUGUCAUCUUUGUAGAUGACGACUAUGGAAGAAAUGGGGUGGCUGCAUUGAGCGAUGAGCUCGCAGAAAGGAAUUAUAAGAUCUCUUACAAGGCCGCCUUGCCGCCGGAACCCGAAAGGAGCAGAAUUUCAGAUUUGCUUGUGAAAGUGGCUCUAAUGGAGUCUCGGGUAAUCAUUCUUCACACGAAUCCGGACUCCGGCAUCAAAGUUUUAUCAGUGGCUCAUUAUCUGGGAAUGAUGAUAAAAGGAUAUGCUUGGAUAGCUACAGACUGGCUUUCUUCUCUCUUAGAUUCAUCUUCCCCUCUAAAUUCUGAAAUCAUGCUUACCAUGGAAGGUGUGCUUUCCCUAAGACAACAUACGGCAGACACAGAAAGGAAAAAGAGUCUUCUUUCGAAGUGGAGCAAGUUUGAAAAUGACGAUAAAGCUGUAAAUUUUAGACUCAAUUCAUAUGGCCUAUAUGCUUAUGAUUCAGUGUGGAUGGUAGCACAUGCAUUGGAUACUUUUUUUGAUGAUGGUGGAGCCAUUUCAUUUUAUAAUGAUUCGAGAUUGGAAGAUGUUGAUGAUGGAGUUCUGAACCUCGAAGCACUAAGCGUGUUUGGCGAGGGAAAUCUUUUGCUGGAGAAGAUAAAAAGUUCAGUUUUUGAUGGUGUUACUGGCCAUUUCCAGCUUGAUUCUGAUGGAAAUAUUAUUCAUCCUGCUUAUGAUAUCCUUAACAUUGUGGGAACUGGAUCAAGGAGCAUAGGAUACUGGUCAAACUAUUCUGGUUUGUCUACUGAGACUCCUGAAAUACUGUACCUCAAGCCGCCAAAUCGGUCCAGCAUAAAUCAAAAACUAUACGAUGUUAUAUGGCCGGGUCAGACAGCAAUAAAGCCCCGCGGGUGGGUGUUCCCUAAUAAUGGGCUGGAGUUGAGAAUUGGAGUGCCAAAUCGACAUAGCUUCCCAGAAUUUGUCUCUAAGGACAGAGGUUCUGAUACAAUGAAGGGUUACUGCAUAGAUGUGUUUACUGCUGCAAUAAAUCUUUUGCCUUAUCCUGUUGCUUACAGAUUCAUACCUUUUGGGAUUGGAAGUGUAAAUCCAAAUUACACAGAGCUUGUUGAGAAAGUUCAGGCAAAUGAUUUUGAUGCUGCCGUAGGGGAUAUUGCGAUUACUAUGGAUCGGGCGAGGAUUGCAGAUUUUACGCAGCCCUUUAUUGAAGCUGGGCUUGUCAUACUAACUUCUGUGAAGGAACGUGAAUCAAGCGCUUGGGCUUUCUUGCAGCCAUUUACAGUGGAGAUGUGGUGUGUCACGGGAUUAUUUUUCAUUUUUGUAGGAGCUGUGAUAUGGAUACUUGAGCAUCGAAUCAAUGAUGAAUUUCGUGGUCCUCCAAGGAAACAAAUCAUUACCAUUUUCUGGUUUAGCUUCUCAACUUUGUUUUUUGCCCAUAGAGAACCAACUGUCAGUACUUUAGGCCGCCUUGUUCUCAUAAUAUGGCUGUUUGUGGUUUUCAUAGUGCAAUCUAGCUAUACGGCCAGCCUGACUUCGAUCCUGACUGUCCGGCAACUCACAUCACCUAUAACUGGAAUUGAUACUAUAAUAAACAGCAACGAUCCCAUUGGUUAUCAGGUCGGUUCAUUCGCUGAGAAAUAUCUGAUCGAAGAGCUUCGAAUAUCAAGCUCAAGAUUGAGAGUUCUUCACAACCUAGAUGAAUAUGUGAGAGCACUCGAACUCGGACCGAGUAGAGGAGGAGUUGUCGCUGUGGUGGACGAGCGCCCGUACAUUGAGCUAUUUUUGUCGAUAAAGUGCAACUUUGCGUUAGCUGGCUCGGAAUUCAUGAGAAUUGGUUGGGGAUUUGUCAUAAUUCCCUCUUUUACACAACACAUAAUAGCUAAAUUUAAAGGAGCAAUGAACCUCUCAGGUGUACAGGCAUUUCAACGUGACUCUCCCUUAGCCGUCGACAUGUCUUCUGCAAUUCUGAAGCUCUCUGAAAAUGGAGAUCUUCAGCGAAUUCAUGACAAAUGGCUGAUGAGAAGUUCCUGCAAUUCUGAUAAAAGCGAGAUCGAAUCCAACAGCCUUCAGCUCCAGAGUUUCUGGGGCUUAUUCGCCAUAUGCGGAGUCGCCUGCUUUCUCGCUCUGCUCAUAUACUUCGUCAUGAUCAUUCAUCAAUUCCUCCGACAUUUCACUCAGGAAUCACUCAAAACUCCCGAGGGAAGCUCGCGUUCUGGAGGCUCCAAGUCUGGCAGAAUCUUGCAGUCCUUCCUCUCCUUCGCCGACGAGAAGGAGGUGGAUCCGAGGACGAGGUCCAGAAGCAGGCAGUGUUUAUCAGAAACAGGAAAUGCCAUCGAUGUUGGCAGCGAAACUUCGACGCCAAGAAAAUAGGUAUUUUGGUUUGGUUUGCUGUAUAUGAUGAAUUGAUUCAGAAUUGUUGGCUUCCAGAGAUCAGAAAGCUUCAUUGCCGACACCAUUCUUUUGCAAAUAAGCUCUUGCUCGCUCAUUUAGCUGCCUGUGUUUUGCUUGGAUCACAUGUAAAUUUGGUUCUGAUAUGUUGCUGCAGUAAUCUGCAUAUAUGUCUGUGUAUUUUGAUUUUUAUAAAUGAAAUAAAAGUGUGAUCUGAGCUUUAAGAAAUGUUCAUCUUCCAUUUGGGAUUAGAACAUGCGCAAAUGUUAGCCUAGACUGCUCCAAACUAUAUAUUUUUGUAGAUUUGUAAUGUAAAAAACUGGGUUUUCCACACUGAGGAGUUAUUAGCACAUGAGAUAAAGGAUUAAA